CAUUGAUCAGUUUCCCCCACCACGCCAACCUUCACCCGCUCCGCAACCCGAGAUACUCGUCGACACCCAGCCGGUUUGCCGUAGCAUCAUCACUUCACGACUACCCGCGAUGGCCACUGGUAUGCUCGGAGAAGAUGGCAUCCACGUCGACAUGAACCACCUGAAAAAGGGCGAGGUCAACCUCGGUACCUCUAUCAUGGCGAUUAACUUCAAAGAUGGUGUGAUUCUAGGUGCAGACAGCCGGACGACCACGGGCGCGUACAUUGCGAACCGAGUGACGGACAAGCUCACACAAGUGCAUGACACAAUCUGGUGCUGUCGUUCUGGCUCGGCUGCAGACACACAGGCCGUGGCAGACAUUGUCCACUACCAUCUUGGCAUGUACGGCAUCACAAACGACGAGGCCCCUACUACGCAAACUGCGGCCGCCAUAUUCCAGGAACUAUGCUAUGCGAACAAGGACUCGCUAUCCGCCGGUAUGAUUAUUGCUGGAUACGAUCAUAGGCACGGCGGACAGGUGUACUCGAUACCUCUCGGUGGCUCUCUACACAAGCAGGCAUACGCCAUCGGCGGCUCGGGGUCUACAUACAUAUACGGAUACUGCGACGCGAACUGGCAAGAGAACAUGACGGAGGCCGACGGAGUGAAGUUCGUCAAAGGCGCGCUGGAGGAGGCUAUCAAGUGGGAUGGCAGCUCCGGCGGUGUGAUCCGCAUGGUGGUGCUCACGGCGCGAGGUGCGCAACGACACUUGUACCUCCCCGAUCAGCGAUACGAGGGACCGGGCGCCCAGUAGGGCAGGAUGAGAGAGGGCCAUAAUGGUGAUUUGGGUACCCAGGGAGACGGGGUCUAAGGGUUGCAGCGCAGGCGGUGGUGGUGGUGUCGACGUGGUGUCGGCCCCGAAGCACGAGCACACGUGUGGCAGCGUGUGUUGAGCCGUCAGCAUGGCGCGCGGCGGAGAGCUUCACGUAUGUAGUCUUGUGUGCUAGGAAAGUCUAGCCAGGAGCCUCCACUGCCAAGCAGGAGCGCAGAGGAAAUGCAACCAAUGACAUGCACGCGUUGAGCCAUACAG